CACCCCCGCACCACUCGCCGACCUCUCGUGCCCCCCGACGCCACCUCGACCUCUGCUGCUCUGCACCACUGCUCUGUGCUCUCCGGUGCAGGCAGCAGGCCACCCCGACCCUCUCGCGAAGGUUCUAGAACCUUUCCGGGAUGCAGAGCGCCGCGGCCUUCCGGCCGUGCCCCGCACGGCCGCUGGUGAGCCGUAACCCUAGCCGCCCCCUCCUCCCGGCCCGCCCGCUCCGCGUCGGCGCCGCUGCCGCUGCCACCACCAGCACCAGAUGCGGCGCCGUGGGCCCUCGGGGUCACGGGCUCGGCUUGCAGCCGGUCUCGCCGGAUAGGGAGGGCAAGGCCCGCCAGCGCCAGGUGGCGUGCGGCGCGGCCGGCGCCGCCGGGAAGGUGGAGGAGGAAGGCGGCGGGCUCAUGAAGACGCUGCAGCUCGGCUUGUUCUUCGGCCUCUGGUACCUGUUCAACAUCUACUUCAACAUCUAUAACAAGCAGGUUCUCAAAGUUUUCCCAUACCCCAUAAACAUUACGGAAAUUCAAUUUGCUGUUGGAGCUGCAGUUGCUUUGUUUAUGUGGAUCACUGGUAUCAUUAAGAGACCAAAGAUUUCUGGUGCACAGCUUGUAGCCAUCCUACCUCUGGCUAUAGUCCAUACUAUGGGCAAUCUUUUCACCAACAUGAGCCUUGGGAAGGUUGCAGUGUCAUUUACGCAUACCAUCAAGGCUAUGGAACCUUUCUUUUCUGUUCUUCUUUCUGCAAUAUUCCUUGGCGAGUUACCUACUGUUUGGGUAGUACUAUCUCUUCUUCCAAUUGUUGGUGGUGUUGGAUUGGCAUCUCUUACUGAGGCAUCCUUUAACUGGGCUGGCUUUUGGAGUGCAAUGGCUUCAAAUGUUACCUUCCAAUCGCGGAAUGUACUGAGCAAGAAGGUCAUGGUUAAGAAGGAGAAUGAGGAAUCCUUGGACAACAUUAAUCUCUUCUCUAUAAUUACAGUGAUGUCCUUUUUCCUAUUGGCACCUGUUACCUUCUUUACGGAAGGUGUCAAAAUCACUCCUACAUUUUUGCAAUCUGCUGGUUUGGAUGUAAAACUGGUCCUUACAAGGUCUCUGCUUGCUGCGCUUUGUUUCCACGCAUAUCAACAGGUGUCAUACAUGAUUCUGGAGAGGGUGUCUCCUGUUACUCAUUCCGUGGGCAACUGUGUUAAGCGUGUCGUGGUCAUUGUCACCUCAGUGCUGUUCUUCAGGACUCCUGUUUCUCCUAUCAACUCCCUCGGUACCGCGAUUGCACUUGCUGGAGUUUUCCUGUACUCACAACUGAAGAGACUGAAGCCCAAGCCAAAGACUGCUUGAAAGAGAUUGUAAUUACUGUAUCUCUUUCUCGUGUUUAGGGAGUCAAAUCAUGGCAGCACACCUUGAAAUUGUUGAUUUUAGUGUAUAAAUGUUUUUCUUUUGAAGCAAUACGAAUUCACUGUUAGGGUAAUUUGUGAUCUUACUUUUUUUGGAUCAAGACAUGUUUUGAAAUUUGUGUCUGCAGAAGAGCUGUAUCAUAUCUGUUCCCAUGCUGGUAUCUCAGUGUAAGUAGCAUUAUUGCUUAAUAUUGAACUGCUCCGAGUCACAAAACAAACAUGCAGAGAGCAGUUUGUCGUACAAAAUGAGUUAGAUUGCACAUCAUGAUUCCUGAAGA